AUGCCGGUUUCCUCCCAGGACGCACGAAUCGCAGGCUGGGCUUGCGCGGGCCUCUCGUUGCUCAUUUUGAUCAUUCGAGCAACUGCCUCAAGACUUCAUUAUGGAACACUCGAUAUUAGUGCUGUCAUAGUGAUAGCCGCCAUCGUGGUUGUGUCGGCUCGGAUUGUGGUCAACCAAUAUGUUCUCAGUUAUGGGACGUCGAAUGAUGCCAUCUACGGCAAAUCACAAUAUUUCAACUCUGACGACACAGAGACCCUCAAGAGCGGUAGCAUCCUUGCCUUGAUUGCAAGGCUACUGAUAACCACAUUCUACUGGUUGCAAAACUGCCUCCUCCUUCUCUUCUACUCUCGGAUCCUCGAAGUUCGAGCGCGAUGGACCACCAGGCUCAUCCAACUUUGCUGGAUAACCAUACCUCUAACCUACAUCGCAGUGGUGCUGGCCACUUUCCUGGAAUGUCAUCCUUUCAAGCUAUACUGGCAAAUACAACCAAGACCUGGCAGUUGUAUUCGAGCCUACGAUCAACUGCUCACUCAAGGCAUUGCAAAUAUCCUACUCGAUCUCAUUUUGCUGGCAAUCGCCUGGCCGCUUGUCGUCGUACGCCAUCGAAGCAUCGGCGAAAAGCUACGGGUCGGUGCAUUAUUUUGCCUGGGGUUUUUCUGCAUCAUUACGACAUGUGUUCGCAUUGGAUAUAUUUACGCGGAGCAAUCGUACCAGCCUGUCCGAAGCUUUUGGGCUUCGGUCCAAAUGGUUGUAUCCUGCUUCGUGGCUAAUGCACCUACAAUAUAUGGUUGCCUGAAGCUCAUCAGACGUAGGAAGUCCCAGAGGGCUGCCCGGCGGGGAAGUCGACCUGAGUUAUGGCUCCAUCUAAAAAUUACAAACGAAACCGUGGCCCCAGCGAACGUUCCUGUGACGACAGACCAACCAGCCAAACCAUCUUCAUGCUCCGAAAAGGGGUGGUCACAAUGGGUACCAUGA